AUGACACGAUUUGAAGUAGGUCAGACAGGGAAUGACUUUGCUGUACUGAAGCUCUUUCUUCAUGCAUAUGGAGACAUCGUUGAUCUCAACAAAGGGUUUACCUCUGACAGAAACAGAAUGCAGUUCAUAACAGCUGUGUUUUGGCUCAUUUUCCAAUGCCUGCAUUUGAAUGCCUGUACUUGACCAAUAAUGUUUCUUCUCCUUUGUUUCAGAGUCCAACCUCUCCAACCAGAAACCUCUCAGCAUCACUAAGGAUGCAGCCUUCCUUAUGAGCAGUGAUAUAAAGAGCUGUACCUAUCGGGAUCGUCAUUAGGUAAAGCCUUCUCCUACCACUCCAGAGGCCCAUCCAAUCCCAUCCCUUCUCCUACCACUCCAGUGGCCCAUCUCUUCUCCUACCACUCCAGAUGCCCAUCUCAUCCCUUCUCCUACCACUCCAGAGGCCCAUCUCAUCCCUUCUCCUACCACUCCAGAGGCCCAUCCAAUCCCAUCCCUUCUCCUACCACUCCAGAGGCCCAUCUCAUCCCUUCUCCUACCACUCCAGAGGCCCAUCCAAUCCCAUCCCUUCUCCUACCACUCCAGAGGCCCAUCUCAUCCCUUCUCCUACCACUCCAGAGGCCCAUCCAAUCCCAUCCCUUCUCCUACCACUCCAGUGGCCCAUCUCAUCCCUUCUCCUACCACUCCAGUGGCCAAUCUCAUUUACAGUCCAGACUUCCAGCAUCUAGUUGGGUUACCUGGUGCACGACCAGACUUUGUCUCUGGAAUGAAAGUGGGACUUUGCCAGACUUCCACCAGCCAAGGGUGACCUGUCCAUGACCUGUCCAGCUCUACAGUACCACCUCCACCCGAACCUCUGAACCCAACCCAGUCCCCGGGAUCCUCAGCCCCACCCCACUGCAGGGGAGGAUGGGUGAUGGACCUGUGAGUCUCCCUGGCCUCUCUCCUUCCAUCUCUCUCAUCCUCUCAUGGAGCCUCCUUCUGACACCUCCAGCUCCCACUGGAACACCUCCACCUCUCUCUCCGGACCUCCAGGUUGGUACCCGCUGAGGUUGCAGAAUUCUGGUACCCUUCCCAGAAUGCCCAUGGUUUUCCAGAAAUCCUAUUUAGAAGAUUCUCGGAAUCAGGAAGGAGUAAGCAGGAAAUCUGGAAUCCUCCAACCCGGAUUUCUGGAAAACCUGGGAAUUUGGGGAAGGUUAUCCUAAUUUUGUACUGACUCGGUAGACUUUGUGUUUAUGAUCUUUGAUAAUUUUGUGUGUGUGUCUAUUGUUGUACUCAAAUGGCUGAGGCAACUCUAUAUGUAUUUUAAAUACACUACCAGUCAAAAGUUUGGACACACCUACUCAUUCAAGGGUUUUGCUUUAUUUUUUACAAUUUUUGACAUUGUAGAACAAUAGUGAAGACAUCAAAACAAUAAAAUAACACAUAUGGAAUCAUGUAGUAACCUAAAAAGGGUUAAACAAAUCAAAAUAUAUCUUAUAUUUGAGAUUCUUCAAAUAGCCACUCUUUGCCUUGAUGACAGCUUUGCACACUCUUGGCAUUCUCUCAAACAGCUUCACCUGGAAUGCAUUUCAAUUAACAGGUGUGCCUUAGAAGUUAAUUUGUGGAAUUUCUCCUUCUUAAUGCGUUUCAGCCAAUCAGUUUUGUUGUGACAAUGUAGGGGGGGUAUACAGAAGAUAGCCUAUUUGGUAAAAGACCAAGUCCAUAUUAUGGCAAGAACAGCUCAAAUAAGCAAAGAGAAACGACAAUCCAUCAUUACUUUAAGACAUGAAGGUCAGUCAAUUUGGAACAUUUCAAGAACUUUGAAAGUUUCUUCAAGUGCAGUCACAAAAACCAUCAAGCGCUAUGAUGAAACUGGCUCUCAUGAGGACCACCACAGGAGUGGAAGACCUAGAGUUACCUCUGCUGCAGAGGAUAAGUUCAUUCGAGUUACCAGCCUCAGAAAUUGCAGCCCAAAUAAAUGCUUCGCAGAGUUCAAGUAACAGACACAUCUCAACAUCAACUGUUCAGAGGAGACUGUGUGAAUCAGGCCUUCGUGGUCAAAUUGCUGCAAAGAAACCACUACUAAAGGACAACAAUAAUAAGAAGAGACUUGCUUGGGCCAAGAAACACGAGCAAUGGACAUUAGACCGGUGGAAAUCUGUCCUUCGGUCUGGAGUCCAAAUUUGAGAUUUUUGGUUCCAACCGGCGUGUCUUUGUGAGACGCGGAGUGGGUGAAAUGAUGAUCUCCGCAUGUGUAUUUCCCACCGUAACGCAUGGAGGAGGAGGUGUGAUGGUGUUGGGGGUGCUUUUCUGGUGACACUGUCUGUGAUUUAUUUAGAAUUCAAGGCACACUUAACCAGCAUGGCUACCACAGCAUUCUGCAGCGAUACGCCAUCCCAUCUGGUUGGAGCUUAGUGAGACUAUCAUUUGUUUUUCAACAGGACAACGAUCCAAAACACACCUCCAGGCUGUGUAAGGGCUAUUUGACCAAGAAGGAGAGUAAUGGAGUGCUGCAUCAGAUGACCUGGCCUCCACAAUCACCCGACCUCAACCCAAUUGAGAUGGUUUGGGAUGAGUCGGACGGCAGAGUGAAGGAAAUGCAGCCAAAAAGUGCUCAGCAUAUGUGGGAACUCCUUCAAGACUGUUGGAAAAGCAUUCCCCAUGAAGCUGGUCGAGAGAAUGCCAAGAGUGUGCAAAGAUGUCAUCAAGGCAAAGAGAUUAAUCUCAUUUAUUUAACACUUUGUUGGUUACUACAGUGAGGGAAAAAAGUAUUUGAUCCCCUGCUGAUUUUGUACGUUUGCCCACUGACAAAGAAAUGAUCAGUCUAUAAUUUUAAUGGUAGGUUUAUUUGAACAGUGAGAGACAGAAUAACAACAAAAACAUCCAGAAAAACGCAUGUCAAAAAUGUUAUAAAUUGAUUUGCAUUUUAAUUAGGGAAAUAAGUAUUUGACCCCCUAUCAAUCAGAAAGAUUUCUGGCUCCCAGGUGUCUUUUAUACAGGUAAAGAGCUGAGAUUAGGAGCACACUCUUAAAGGGAGUGCUCCUAUUCUCAGCGUGUUACCUGUAUAAAAGACACCUGUCCACAGAAGCAAUCAAUCAAUCAGAUUCCAAACUCUCCACCAUGCCCAAGAUCAAAGAGCUCUCCAAGGAUGUCAGGGACAAGAUUGUAGACCUACACAAGGCUGGAAUGGGCUACAAGACCAUCGCCGAGCAGCUUGGUGAGAAGGUGACAACAGUUGGUGCGAUUAUUCGCAAAUGGAAGAAACACAAAAUAACUGUCAAUCUCCCUUGGCCUGGGGCUCCAUGCAAGUUCUCACCUUGUGGAGUUGCAAAGAUCAUGAGAACGGUGAGGAAUCAGCCCAGAACUACACGGGAGGAUCUUGUCAAUGAUCUCAAGGCAGUUGGGACCAUAGUCACCAAGAAAACAAUUGGUAACAUACUACGCCGUGAAGGACUGAAAUCCUGCAGCGCCCGCAAGGUCCCCCUGCUCAAGAAAGCACAUAUACAGGGCCGUCUGAAGUUUGCCCAUGAACAUCUGAAAGAUACAGAGGAUUACUGGGUGAAAGUGUUGUGGUCAGAUGAGACCAAAAUCGAGCUCUUUGGCAUCAACUCAACUCGCCGUGUUUGGAGGAGGAGGAAUGCUGCCUAUGACCCCAAGAACACCAUCCCCACCGUCAAACAUGGAGGUGGAUACAUUAUGCUAUGGGGGUGUUUUUCUGCUAAGGGGACAGGACAACUUCACCACAUCAAAGGGACGAUGGACGGGGCCAUGUACCGUCAAAUCUUGGGUGAGAACCUCCUUCCCUCAGCCAGGGCCUUGAAAAUGGGUCGUGGAUGGGUAUUCCAGCAUGACAAUGACCCAAAACACACGGCCAAGGCAACAAAGGAGUGGCUCAAGAAGAAGCACAUUAAGGUCCUGGAGUGGCCUAGCCAGUCUCCAGACCUUAAUCCCAUAGAAAAUCAGUGGAGGGAGCUAAAAGUUCGAGUUGCCAAAUGUCAGCCUCAAAACCUUAAUGACUUGGAGAAGAUCUGCAAAGAGGAGUGGAACAAAAUCCCUCCUGAGAUGUGUGCAAACCUGGUGGCCAACUACAAGAAACGUCUGACCUCUGUGAUUGCCAACAAGGGUUUUGCCACCAAUUACUAAGUCAUGUUUUGCAGAGGGGUCAAAUACUUAUUUCUCUCAUUAAAAUGCAAAUCAAUUUAUAACAUUUUUGAAAUGCGUUUUUCUGGAUUAUUCUGUUGUUAUUCUGUCUCUUACUGUUCAAAUAAACCUACCGUUAAAAUUAUAGACUGAUCUUGUCUUUGUCAGUGGGCAAACGUACAAAAUCAGCAUGGGAUCAAAUACUUUUUUCCCUCACUGUACAUGAUUCCAUAUGUGUUAUUCCAUAGUUUUGAUGUCUUCACUAUUAUUCUACAAUGUAAAAGAUAGUAAAAAUUAAGAAAAACCCUUGAAUGAGUACGUGUGACCAAAUUUUGACAGGUACUGUAUGUCUAAUAAAAUGUAUUAUUUAUUUCAUUCAGGGCCAUGGCUCCCAGCCCUCCCAGUCUCGCUGCACCCCAACGUGAGCUUUCCCGAGGGCAUCGGCGCCGGCGGAGACCCCCUGUCCUUGACCCACUCCCUUGCCCUGUGUGCCAUGCUCCUCAUGGACCUCCUGGCCGUUGUAGGCAACCUAGCUGUCAUGGCCGUCAUCACCAAGACGCUGCAGCUGAGGAAGUUCGCCUUCGUGUUCCACCUGUGUCUGGUCGACCUGCUGGCGGCUCUGGUUCUGAUGCCUCUGGGGAUGCUGUCGGACCGGAUCUGGUUGCAAGAUGAGGCGCUCUGCCAGAGCUACCUCUGCCUAAGUGUGGGGCUGGUCAGCGCCGCCAUUUUGUCUAUCUCAGCCAUCAACGUGGAGAGGUAUUACUACAUCAUUCACCCGAUGCGCCAUGAGGUGAAAAUGACAGUAAGGGUGGUUGUGGCGGUGUUAGUCGGGAUCUGGGUCAACGCUAUUGUGAUGUCAGCUCUGCCUCUACUGGGUUGGUUCCCCCAGGGAAACCAGGGGGUAGGGGUCGGACUCGGAGGGGGACUAGGGAGUCCCAUGAUCCCGGGUCCUCCAAGCCAGAGACGUUGCUCCCUACACUGGACCGGAGGAGGAGGGACCACAUGGUUCAUCUUCAUGGUCUUCUUCACUUUUGUCUACUUCCUGUGUCCAGUACUGAUCAUCCUGGUUGUGUACUGUAACAUGUUUAAAGUAGCCAGGGUGGCAGCCAUGCAGCAUGGCCCCUUACCUACCUGGAUGGACACACCUGGGCCCCGCCCUCAACGCUCCGAGUCCCUCAGCAGCCACUCCACCAUGGCUGUCAGCUCGGGGGGCCCUGGGGGCUCAUGUCCUCCACUCCGCACCCCCAGUCAGAGGACCUUCAAACGGGGGUAAAGCUGCGGCAGUCCUGGUGGCGGUUGGAGGCCAGUUCCUAUGCUGCUGGCUACCUUACUUCUCCUUCCACCUGUACUCUGCCCUGGUCUCCACCUCCCCGACCUCCCUGGCUUCGGCCCAGCUGGAGGAAGUCGUGACCUGGAUUGGUUACUUCUGCUUCACCUCCAACCCUUUCUUCUACGGCUGUCUGAACCGGCAGAUCCGCACAGAGCUGGGCCGAAGCCUGGCCUAUCUCUUUAAGUGGGCGGGGCCGGGCGACGGGGAUCAGCUGACCAGCCGAGAGGCCUCCAUCGAGGAGAACUUCCUCCAGUUCCUCCAGGGGACAGAGUGCAAUCUGGAGCCCUGCGGAUCCCAGGCACACAGCAGGGCCAGCAGGACUGAGGAGAAGGCGGGGGAGAGGGGCCGUCUUGGAGAUGGACCUUGUCAGGACAACACGCCGGGCCAGGAACACACGCCUGUUGACUUCCACAUCCCUGGACAGAUUAUCGAGGAGACCUCGGGAGUCCUUGGAGCAGCAGCAUCUGAAUCUGAACAAUGA